AGUGAGUGAGUGAGUGAGUGAGUGAGUGAGUGAGUGAGGGGGGACUGAAGGAUUGAGGAAGAGCAACAGGGGUAAAACUGCAAAGGGUUGAAAGAAGACAUGAAUACAGACAGUGGAUGCAGGAUCCUGGAGAGAUGAAAACAUUUUGGACUGCAUGACUCAAAACACACACUUGCACAAUAUCAUUGUCCAGCUGCAUAACCCAAAAGCACUUGAGCUUGAGGUCAUGAACUAAUAGCCAGACAUUCUCCUUCAGGAUUUUCUGGUAGAGAGCAGAAUUCAAGCUUCCAUCAAUUAUGAACAUGGAAUGUUUAUGAAGAAGGCGUACAUUGAUGUCAGGGAGCCAUGGUCUCCAUGUUUUUCCUUUGGGUGGGCCUUGUGAUGUUCAUCGUGUUUACCGUUGGUGGAAAUGUGUUAGUAUGUUUAGCUGUGAUCACAAGUCGUCGUCUUCGCCACAUUAGCAGCUGCUUCUUGGUGGCCCUUGCUGUAACAGAUCUGCUCCUCGGCCUCUUUGUGCUGCCUUUCAGUGCCACGUUAGAGCUGCGUGCUGGUCGCUGGCCAUUAGGUGGUGCUGCAUGCAACAUCUAUCUCUCUGUAGAUGUGACAUUGAGCACAGCAUCCAUCUUUACCUUGCUUGCUAUCAGUGUCGAUCGUUACAUGGCUAUCUCAUCGCCACUCAGCUACACCACCAGGCUGACUCCAGCACGAGCAACAGCAGCUAUUGUUGCUAUCUGGAUCCUUGCGCUUACAUUUGCCUUCACUCCAAUCCACAUGGGCUGGAACACGGCAGAUUUCCAUGUACAGAACUAUGACUGGAGGAUGGGGGAUAAGGGGGAGGAGGGACAGACUUGCCGUUAUGAGUGGAACAAUAAUUAUGUGCUGCUUGCUGUCUCCUGUAUCUUCUUCUUUCCUCUGCUGGUCAUGUGUUGGAUGUACCAUCGCAUCUUCUGCAUGGCACGUGAACAGGUGCGUCGUAUCCGUGCUGCCACUCCAUCCUUCACUCGUUCAUCAGCAUGUCUGAAGGGGGCCACACUGAGGCAGCACAAAGCCACUGUGACUCUGGCCACUGUGCUUGGAGUCUUCAUUGUCUGCUGGCUGCCAUUUUUCACUUUUUUCACCUGCAUGGGUCUGAGGCACGAGAGAGAGCCACCUCAACUCACACAUUCCAUCGUGCUUUGGCUGGGUUACUUUAACUCUGCCCUGAACCCCAUCCUGUACCCUGCCCUGAACCGAGACUUCAGACACGCCUAUUGGCAUCUGCUGCAUUGCAGGAACCCAUACAAGAUCAAUUCCAUUUCCAUAAGAACCUUGGGGAAAAACAGAAGCAUAAUUUCUCAUGAGUUUGAGAGUAUAAACAAAUGCAGCAAGAUACCUCUAAAGAUGCAUCACAACCAGCAAGACAUAAAUGCUGAGUCAGCUGCAGGUCCAAACCAUACCAGCUAACACUGUCCAUCAGUACUAUAUUUAUAUGUUUCAUGUUUUAAGUUUGUGCUUAACAAAAUGGACACAAGGACACCAUAACAAAGAUGUAGAUGUUUCCUCUUGGUGUCAGAUAAGACAAGGAGAAGACAAGAGAUUUUUGGAAUGAAUGUCUGUUCUUUGUUCUUCAUGUCUCCAUGUAUUUGCAUUUCCUGCACUCCUUUAUGCUAUGUUAGGACUGAAGAGGAUGAACCUAAUGAUUUGGUUUCUACAGUGCUGCUGAGGUGACUUGGUGAUUUUAAAUAAGGUGGGAUAAUUCAUUUAAUGUUAAGUCACAAGAUAGUCUGGAAAUAGCAUUAAGAUAUAUUGGAGCCAUUAUAUAUUAUCUCAUGACCUUAAUCUAUUUUUGAUCUCACGGACUCAAUUUUUUGUCUCAGGUCCUCGAUAUAUCAAUUUGAGGUAUUAGUAUAUUAUCCGAUGCCCUCGAUAUAUAAACUUGUGGCAUUAAUACAUUAUCUCAUGCCCUUAAUAUAGCACAUGCCCUCAAUAUAUCAUCUCAUGGCAUCAAUACACUAUCUCAUGCCAUUAAUAUAUUUUCUUGUGGUUUGAAAAUAUAAUUUCAUACUCUCAAUAUAUUAUCAUAAGGUCCUAAAUUAUUGUCUCAUGCUCGGAGUAUACUAACUAGUAAAUUUAAAAGUUUACUGUGCUGCCUCCAUUUAUUAUCCACACACUUGAUAUAUAAUCUAGUGGCCCUCCAUGUUUUAUCUUGUGGUGUCUCUUAUUAUAUUGGUCUUUUAGUAUAUUAACUCGCCUCUUCAGUGUUUCAUGGCUUCCCUAUACAACCACAAUUCUGAAAAAGUUGGGACUCUGUGUAAAAUAUAAAUAAAAACUGAAUGCAAU